UCCCGUCACCUCACAUGUUCCGUGCCGCGUUCUAGGACACGCUGCUCGCCACCCCGUCUGCUUUAUACGAGCGUGGAUCAAAGUUCCCUGAGAUAAGGCCACAUGCCCCAGCAGUGUGUUUAUGGCUCUCUCUGGUUAGUCUUAGGGGACCUGGAGCUCAUGUGGACGCGGUUUAAAGAUGAGCAGACAGUACUCUGUGCAGCUGGAGAGUCCCGGCCAGGACAGCGAGGCCAAAGAGUCCUUCAAGUUCGUGUCGGAGGCUGUGAAAGACGGCGGAGAGGAGACAGCCGAGCCGCGAUGCUCGCUCAGUGUCAGCAAGCUCACCUACACAGUCAGCGAGCGUGUGGGCCCCUGGUGGGACUUGCCCUCCUACAGGAAGCGAUGGACUCGUCAGAUCCUCAACAACGUCUCCUUCCACGUGGACAGCGGGCAGAUUAUGGGUAUCCUGGGCAACUCAGGUUCCGGAAAGACCACGUUGUUGGACGCCAUCUCGGGAAGGAUCAGGAACUCUGGCACCCUGUCGGGCGAAGUCUUCGUCAAUGGCAGGAAACUGGCGAGAGAAGAAUACCAGGAAUGCUUCUCUUAUGUGCUGCAGAGUGACAACCUACUGAGUUAUCUGACUGUGGAGGAGACUUUGACCUACACGGCACAGCUGGCCCUCAGAAAGCACUCUGCCAAAGCCAUCCAAAACAAGGUGUCAUCAGUGAUGGCUGAGCUGAGUCUGAGCCACGUGGCCCACAGCGUGAUCGGCGGCCGCGUUUUCCCGGGAAUCUCCGGAGGUGAGAGGAGGAGGGUCUCCAUCGCCAGCCAGCUCCUGCAAGACCCCCGGGUGAUCCUAUUGGACGAGCCCACCACGGGCCUGGACAGCAUGACGGCCAAUCAGAUUGUGGUGCUGCUGGCCGAGCUGGCUCGCAGGAACCGCGUCGUCAUCGUCACCAUCCACCAGCCUCGCUCGGAACUCUUCACGGUGUUCAGCAGGAUUGCAGUGAUGAGUCGCGGUGAGUUAGUUUUCUGCGGCCAACCCGACGAGAUGGUGGUCUUCUUCAGCCAAUGUGGAUACGAAUGUCCGGAAUACUGCAACCCCUUCGACAUCUAUGUUGACUUCACGUCAGUGGACACCCGCAGCAGCGAGCGCGAGGCGACCACCUUCAGCCGCAUGCACGAGAUCACGUGCUCCUACCAGAAGUCGGCCAUCUUCAAGCGCAUGUUGUCUAGGACGCAGCAGAGCCUGCACGACCGCGACAAGGCUGCCAUCCCCUUCAAGAGCAAAGAAUCGCCCGGAGGCGCUGCCAAGCUGGCCGUUCUGCUCAGGCGGACCAUGCGGAACCUGUCCAGAGAUCGUAUGGGGGUCCUGAUGCGUCUCUCUCAGAACCUGAUCUACGGCUUUUUCGUGGCCUUCUUCGUCAUGCAUUUGGACGACAACAUUGCUAAAGGCGCCGUGCAGGACCGCAUCGGCAUCAUCUAUCAGAGUGUCGGCGCCUCGCCCUACACCGGAAUGCUCAACGCCGUCGCCCUCUUUCCCGCCCUGCGAGCCAUCGGUGACCAGGAGAGUCAAGAUGGCUUGUACAGGAAAUGGCAAAUGUUCUUGGCCUACAUCUUCCACAUCCUGCCCUUCAGCAUCCUCAGCGUCUUCAUCUUUACCUCCUUCCUCUACUGGACGGUGGGGAUGCAUCCUGAGACGUGGCGCUUCCUGUGUUUCACGGCGGUGGUCAUGGUUCCUCACAUUACAGGCGAGCUGCUGACGGUGGUCCUGUUGGGCGUGGUCCAGGACCCCAACAUGGUCAACACUGGAGUGGCUCUGCUCAACAUUGCAGGGAUCCUACUGGGCUCUGGAUUCCUCCGGAGCACAGCGCAGAUGCCGACCGUCUUCCAGUGGCUGAGCUACUUGACGUUCCAGAAGUACAGCUGCGAGCUGCUCAUCGUCACGGAGUUCCACGGCCUUCACUUCACGUGCAACCACUCCGGUCCUUUCCCGGGACAGUGCCUCAUCACGCAGGGCGAUCAGAUCGUGGACGAAGGCUACCCCGGCGCUCUGUCCCGCUACACGCUGGACUUUGUGCUCCUGUACUCCUUCCUGCCCGCCCUCCUGCUGCUGGGCAUCGUCUCAUUCAAGAUCAGAGACAGACUGGUGCUCCACUGACUGGACGCAACAUUAGCAGAGUUCAAGAAGGCAAGCUGCGUUCACCCUGCAUCCACGUUGAAGGCCAGGUGGGAGAAGAAGCUCUUGGUCUUGGACAUGAGGCUCUCCGACUUGAUGCUGCUGAACUGCCCGCCAAUCAAAACCACAU